UGACUUUUACUUUUUUUUUGCUUUUCUGCCAGAGUGUGAACUCUCUUUUAUAUUUACGGUUAUAAAUACAUGUAGUUGCGUUCAGUGUUGUGUGUGAAGUAAAUAAAAGUGCGAGAAUUCAUUCUACAUUUUAGACUUUUUACACAAUAAAGUCAACAAGGUCAAAAUGUUGCAUAUAGAGAUUAUAGGAGGAAUUAUAAGAUGCAUUUUUGCUGGUGAAACGCCAGGAAUAGCUCGCGAAGUAUGGGAACGAAUCGAGGAAACUGUGGGAAUUAAACAGGAUGAAUAUUACAUCAUACAUAAUGGCCGGCUUAUGCAUGAAGAUGACAUCUGUCAUGGUUAUAUGACUAUUGUUCCAAGAACAUUGGGUGGCAAAGGCGGCUUUGGUUCCAUGUUACGUGCAAUCGGCGCACAAAUAGAGAAGACCACGAACCGUGAGGCUUGUAGGGACCUGAGUGGACGUAGAUUGCGUGACAUAAAUGAAGAGAAAAGGCUAAAGGCUUGGAUUGAGAAAGAGGUCAAGAGAAAGGAAGAGAUUGCGGAACUAAAAAAGAAGAAGCUAGAAAAACUAUGUGCCGAACCAAGACAUGAAUUUAAGGAUCAUCGUUAUGAGCAAGAGAGAUCAAAGCUGACAGAAAGAGUUGGAGAUGCAGUGGAGGAAGGUUUCAAAGUUUCUGUUACAACUGGUGUAAAGAGAAAAUUGGAAGAGGAUGUUAAGCCAAACAAACGCAAGACUAUGUUAGACCUAGAUAUCGAUUCCGAUGAAUUGGAUACUUCAGAUGACAGUGAUAGCGAUAAUAUGUCUUCUACAAAGGAAAGUAAGAUGACACAGCAAACGUUGAAUGACAGCGGACAUUCUAGUGAUGACAGUGGAGAAGUCGAUAAAAGCACAACAAUUCAAAGUAAACAUUCCAUAACACAAACUGAUAAUCACCCAAACAAAACAGUUCCAUUUAUAGAGCCAGCAAAUACCAAAUAUAUCGAUGAAGCUGUGGAGAAUCUUAAACAAAAAUCUGUGGAUUCCAGAACAGAAACAGCUCUAUAAAAAUAUAACAGAUAAAGUUAAUUAAGUUGAAUUAGAAUAAGUUUGAGUAAGGUAUGAGGUAAAAUUGUGUUUUAUGUUGGUUUUACAACAUAAUACAAUCACAUCUUAUAACACAUCUUAUAAUCACAUCUUUAUUAAGUUUUAAAAUUAAUUGUUGUUGUUAUAUUUUAUAACAAGUAUUCCCUAUUUCAAACGUUUAUUCUUUAUAAUAGAAAUAAUUUAAUGAUAUCGACGUUCUAGAAAUAAUUUGAAAGUAUCGACGUAAAAUUAUAAAUACGGAUUAUGAACAUUUUUCUUUUUGUAUAUAUUAAAAUAUCAUAGAAUAAAUUAUAUUGGCUACGAUUGA